CUUCUACCAUGCGCACGAGGCAAACAUCAGAAACAUUUUGUCAGCAUCCAGCAAAUUUGUAGUCGCGGUUAAUACUUAAAAGUCAUGGCCCUGUGCGAUGAUACCUUAUUUUGCAAUUUCCCCAAAUGUCGGGCGAAGUUGACUGGCUUUGCUUGGGUCACAGCCUGUUCUCACGCCUUUUGUGAUCAGCAUGGGUCAGGCGAGUUUAGUCGGUCACCGGCGAUCUGCCCCGCCUGUUCAUCCGCCUUGUCCGGCAAACUUGACAUCGUCCGCACUGAACUAUCCCCCUCAGAAGAUUAUAAAGCUAUGGUGCUGGCCGGCCUGAGACCAGAGACGGUCUUGGACAUCUGUGCCAGGGCGCUGGCCUUUUGGAAUUACCAGGGGCACCAGGAGAGGUUGUUCCAGGAGUACAGUCUAUCCCGUGUGGAGGGCCAGCUGAAGCAGAUGGAGAAGGUGCUGUCCCAGCAGACCCAGACCAGAGAGCUGGAGCUCAACGCCAUGAGAGGGGAGAUUGCCUCCCUCAAACGGGUGAUGGAAGAGUACAAGCGCAAGUACAGCGAGGUGUCGGAACGGCUGAUGGAGCGCAACAGGCAGUACCAGAAGCUGCAGGGCCUUUACGACUCCCUGCGCCUCCGCAACAUGGUGGUGGGAGAGCGGGAGGGAGGAGGAGGAGGAGGAGGAGGAGGUGCGGGGAGCUCCAUGAUGAGGUCCUAUCCUACAGAGCAUCCACCAGGGCUGCAGCAGCGCCCCAUAACUCCCCAGCCCAGUCCCCGGGGCCUGCGCAUGGCAGGCGCAGGGGAGGGUGACCCCAUCUUCUUCUCUCUGGAGCCGGAAGGGCCACGCAACUUCUUCCAGUUCAGCUCACCGACGGCGCCCAAAGACCGACGCAGCAUCAUGCCUAAGAAGUGAACACCAUCUGGAGGAGGGAAUUUCUCAACUUCAUUUCUUAUCUCGUCAUGUCUGAUACAUGCCAUUCCCCAUGCUCUUCAUUUUGCUCUAUCUGAAAUGUAUUUCUCAUGUCUCAUCUCAUCCCUCUCAUCUCAGUCUCCGCUUGUGUUGUGUUGUCCGUUUUUUUAAUUUCAUUUCCAAAAACGUGACUCACCUCGCAGCCUCACCUUGUACACCGCGUCACCAUCCAUUCGUCUGAGUGGAAUGAAACGCUAACUUGAAAUGGACUUAUUGCACUUCAAAUGACUCGCUGGGGUAGAGGCUGGCUUAAAACAAUGUAUUCUGAACAUGACAUUUUUCUCAUACAAAAGGCUCGCUGAACCACAUAGUAGCUGGGUACGGUGUAGUACAUUGAUGGUCAGACAACAUUGUCCAAAAAACUUGGCUUGCAGUAUUUUCAAAGCCACAAUGCAUUGCUUUAAAUGAGCCCCUAGUCCUCCUCACACAUCUGGGACUCAUAGGAUUUUAGCCAUUGUAUUAUAAGCCCUGAUGAAUGCUAAAGCCUACAUUUAGCUGAAUACCCAAUUUAAAAUAUAUAUUAAUAUAAUUUUUGUUGUUGUAAAAUUCUUGUUGGUAUUUAGCUGUCUGACAGACACAGAUGGUGGUGUUAUU